AAAAACAACAGCGUACAUCCAGUGGCGCCGCUCAGAUGUUGUUAGUAUAACGUUAAUACUUUAAUAUGUCGCCAACCAGUCCUCACAAAUAUCAAUGCGCUUUUAAUGUUAUUUUUGGCUUAUACGUCAGUUAGCCUUCGAAAUGGCUGAAAUACAAGAAGAAUGCGGAUAGACACGAAAGGAACAAACUUAGGUUGCUCUCGAUAGAUGUGGAAUCAGGGAAACGUGUAUUUUUAAAAUACGAGGGAGAGUCCAGAUGUGUUAGAUACUGUAGGACUACCUCACCCGAAAUGACCUCAACGAAGCAGCGGGAAAUGAAAUUGGAGAGGCAUUAAGUGCACACACUCGUGUCUGCAGCUGCCGCGCGCAUUUCCUAUUCGUUGCGCGCGUCCCGACGGCUGUGCGCGCGGACCCCUGUAAACACAACACCGGUGGGACAAAAUGACUAUCCCGAAAGACAUCCCGGAGAAGUGGUUCCCAGUCAUUCUUCCUCUUAAACGGAAGAAAGAGGAAUUAUCCAGCUCGACAAAAAUAAGAAACACCGCAGUGUGUUUUGGUUGUGUCACAGAGGAGGAAAGGAGAGUCCGAGCCAACGACAGAGAGUACAAUGAGAAGUUUCAGUACGCUAGCAACUGCAUCAUGACCUCGAAGUACAAUGUCAUCACCUUUCUACCUGUCAACCUCUUUGAGCAGUUCCAGGAAGUUGCCAACACCUACUUCCUGUUUCUCCUCAUACUGCAGUUGAUUCCACAGAUCUCCUCAUUAUCCUGGUUCACCACCAUUGUGCCUUUAGUGCUGGUGCUGAGCAUCACUGCAGUCAAAGAUGCCACUGAUGACUAUUUUCGUCACAAAAGUGACAACCAGGUGAAUAACCGUCAGUCUCAGGUCCUCAUCGGUGGCAUUCUUCAGAAAGAGAAAUGGAUGAAUGUCAGAGUCGGUGACAUCAUCAAGCUAGAGAACAAUCAGUUUGUGGCGGCUGAUCUGCUCCUGUUGUCCAGCAGUGAACCUCACAGCCUGUGUUACAUUGAGACUGCAGAGCUAGAUGGCGAAUCAAACAUGAAGGUGCGUCAAUCUCUGUCUGUUACCUCAGAGCUGGGAGAUCCUAAUAACCUGGCCCAGUUUGACGGAGAGGUGGUGUGUGAGCCCCCCAACAACAAGCUAGACCGUUUCUGUGGGACUCUGUAUUGGAAAGACUGUAAAUAUGCCCUCAGCAACCAGAACAUGCUGCUGCGUGGCUGCGUACUGCGCAACACCGAGAGCUGUUAUGGCCUUGUUAUAUUCGCAGGUCCUGACACCAAGCUGAUGCAGAACAGCGGCCGCACAAAGUUCAAGAGAACCAGUAUAGAUCGACUGAUGAACACACUGGUGCUGUGGAUUUUCGGCUUUCUCGUGUGUAUGGGAGUGAUCUUGGCCAUAGGAAACGCAAUAUGGGAAAAGGAAGUGGGUGCUUUGUUUCAGAGUUUCCUACCCUGGGAUCCUCCAGUAGACAACUGUAUCUUCUCUGCCUUUCUCUCCUUCUGGUCUUAUGUCAUCAUCCUCAACACAGUUGUGCCUAUUUCCCUCUACGUCAGUGUGGAGGUGAUUCGUUUGGGUCACAGUUAUUUUAUUAAUUGGGACCGGCGGAUGUUCUGUAGCCAUAGUAACACAGCAGCGGAGGCCCGAACCACCACACUGAAUGAAGAGCUGGGACAGGUGGAGUACAUCUUCAGUGACAAGACAGGAACCCUCACUCAGAACAUCAUGACCUUUAACAAGUGCUCCAUCAACGGCCAUGCAUAUGGUGAGGUGGACACUCUUGGUGCCCAGCAAAAGAGGACUCCAGAGCCCCUGGACUUCAGCUCGUGGAACCCCUUAGCCGACCGUGACUUCUGUUUUUAUGACCAGUCUCUGCUGGAGGCUGUCAUGAUGGGGGAAUCAGCAGUGCAUGAAUUUUUUCGUGUGCUGUCUCUCUGCCACACAGUCAUGAGUGAGGAGAAGAGCGAGGGAGAGCUGUUAUAUAAGGCUCAGUCUCCAGAUGAGGGGGCAUUGGUAACAGCUGCCCGUAACUUUGGCUUCGUGUUUCGCUCCCGAACGCCUGGUACGGUCACCACACAAGAGCUUGGCAAAUCGGUGACGUACACACUCCUUGCCAUCCUGGACUUCAAUAACAUUCGCAAAAGAAUGUCUGUCAUAGUGAAAAAUCCAGAGGGCCAUAUACGUCUGUACUGUAAGGGUGCAGACACUGUGCUUUUUGAGAGGCUUCAUCCCAGCAACCAGGAGCUGUUAAACAUCACUUCAGACCAUCUUAACGAGUAUGCAGGUGAUGGGUUACGGACGCUUGCUGUGGCCUAUCGGGAUCUGUCUGAGAAGCAGUGGGAGGAGUGGGAGGAGCGCUAUCGUUGUGCUGAUAAGGCCACAGACUGCAGAGAUGACCGGCUGGCUGGUGCCUAUGAGGAGAUUGAACAGGAUAUGAUGCUGCUUGGGGCCACAGCUAUAGAAGAUAAACUACAAGAGGGGGUUCCUAAGACAAUUGCCAUUCUCUCAUUGGCUAACAUCAAGAUCUGGGUGCUAACUGGAGACAAGCAGGAGACUGCAGUGAAUAUUGGAUAUUCCUGUAAGAUGUUAACAGAUGCCAUGACGGAGAUCUUCAUCGUUAAUGGACACACUGUCCAAAGCGUGCGUGAAGAACUGAGAAAAGCCAGAGAGCGGAUGAUUGAGUCAGCACGCACCAGGGAUGGAGGGAAGGAAGCGGAGGCUCAGGGUUGGGGUGGGGCUUGUGCGGUUGGCAAUGGAUGUGGAGGUGAUGCUGCUAAUUGGAGUCCUGAUGAGAGUAAACGCCCCCCUCCUCAGGCCCCACCAUCUUCCCUGCUGGAGUCGAUCGGUGGAGAGUUUGCCCUCAUCAUCAGCGGACACAGCCUGGCUCAUGCGUUGGAAGCAGAUAUGGAGCGUGAGUUUUUGGAUACGGCGUGCGCAUGUAGGACAGUGAUCUGCUGCAGGGUGACUCCUCUUCAGAAAGCUCUGGUGGUAGAGCUGGUUAAACGUCAUAAGAAGGCCGUCACACUUGCCAUUGGAGAUGGAGCCAAUGACGUCAGCAUGAUAAAGACGGCUCACAUCGGCGUAGGCAUUAGCGGUCAGGAGGGGAUCCAAGCCGUGCUGGCAUCAGAUUACUCCUUUUCCCAGUUCUGCUUCCUGCAGCGACUCCUGCUGGUGCAUGGACGCUGGUCUUACCUGCGCAUGUGUCGAUUUCUCUGUUACUUCUUCUACAAAAACUUUGCUUUCACUAUGGUGCACUUCUGGUUUGGAUUCUUCUGUGGAUUUUCAGCACAGACUGUUUACGACCAAUAUUUCAUCACUCUCUACAAUAUCGUGUACACAUCCCUGCCCGUGUUGGCAAUGGGCAUUUUUGAUCAGGAUGUUCCUGAGCAGAGGAGCUUAGAGUAUCCAAAGCUGUACGAGCCCGGCCAGCUGAACCUGCUGUUUAAUAAACGAGAGUUUUUCAUCUGCAUUGCACAAGGAAUCUACACCUCUGUGGUUCUGUUCUUCAUUCCGUAUGGAGUUCUGUUUCAUGCCACGCAGAGCAACGGCGUCCCACUCGCAGACUAUCAAACCUUUGCAGUAACUACUGCCACAGCCCUCGUCAUUGUUGUCAGCGUCCAGAUUGCUCUGGACACUGGUUAUUGGACAGCUAUCAAUCACUUCUUUAUAUGGGGGUCUUUGGGUACCUACUUCACUAUCCUCUUUGCUAUGCACUCCAGCAUCCUGUUCAGGAUUUUCCCUAAACAGUUCCAAUUUCUUGGCAGUGCCCAUAACACAUUAAGCCAGCCUGUGGUGUGGUUGACCAUUGUUUUGGCAACAGUCGUUUGCAUUGCUCCAGUCCUUGCCUUCCGCUUCCUCAAACUGGACUUAAAACCUCAGCUGUCAGAUACGGUGCGCUACACUCAACUUGUGCAGCAGAAAAAGCGGAAGCCCUGUGGCCGCACGGGUCGUGGAGUGGGUGGGGCUGGACCAGCUGGUGGCAGCGCUCUCGGGCGUCUGGGGAGAGGUGGCUCUCGGCGCUCUGGAUAUGCAUUCGCCCACCAGGAAGGUUUCGGCGAGCUGAUCACGUCAGGAAAGAACAUGCGCCUGAGCUCGCUGCCUCUCGCCUCAUUCGCCUCUCGCCAUAGCAGCGGUUGGAUUGACACUCUUCGCAAGAAAAAACACACGAACAACACAGGUUCACAUAUUACACUGACCGCUGCAGACGACAACACAGCUUCUGCUCAUGGCCCACCGCAUUCUACAUCUUCCUCUACGAUUGGCCCUCAAGACACAACGCAGGCCGAGGCAGGGCAAGGGUGUAAUGAACCAGUCCUUAAUAACAACCCUGAUGAUAUUGCUCUUUGCAUGGUUAGAUGUGGAGAAAAAGAGGCUGGAGGAUGUAGUGAUGUAACGGCGCAGGAAUCAAUGUUUGCGUGCAGGGGUUCUGGAUCUUCUUCCAUUGCAAAGGAAACCUUGAAUGGCGAGUGAGGAAAAGUGACUGACGGGAGGAUAAACCAUUCGGGAAUCACUGAUGUGAAUCCUCGCACCUUCUGGUGUUUAUUUGGCUGUGUUUUUGAGGACAUGGCCAGUGAAGACAGAGCACCUGACGUAUGGUCUAGGAGUAAAGACAUGCUUAAAUUCACAUGAAAACACAAACUGUGCAUCCAGACAGUGCAAAGAGUGUUAUCUGUUAUCACAUUCCCUGUACUGUAUACGACAUGUCUUGUCAGUAAGGGCCACUUAGUAAUUUGAUUUGUUUAUGGCUGAAAGAGAGUUUUCCAUUCUAGCAAAGCUUUCAAAACAUCAAACUAUGUUAAAGCUUUUUCUGCCUUAACUUUGAUUCUAAAAAGCCAUAUCAGUUUUAACUUUGAUUAGUUAUAAGAGUUUUAUGGCUGUUUUACACCGCAUGUGCCAGCAGAUAGUACGGGAAGCUGCAGUGUGACUAUAGAAGCAGAACUGAUGUAGUGGUGCCCGGAGAAGUGGGUAUACUCUUAAUUUACUAUGGGGCGGUUUCCCGGACAGGGAUUAGAAACUAAAAUAAAUGUAAGAGCUGUUCAAACUGAAAACAACUUGCACUGACAUAUCUUAAAAUACAUGUGUGCCCUUUGUUUUGCCUCUAAGUGCACACAAGUUAUGUGUUUAGUAAGGCAUGUAUGUUAAAACUAGUUAUAUUUCCUAAUUAAACUAAGGCCUAGUCCUGGCUAAAGCUAAUCCCUGUCCGGAAAACCUACAGUUGAAUGCCCUGUGUUAUUAAAAGUGACAUGUAAGAUUGCAUAUUUAGUUCACUCCAAAAUUGAUCUUUCAGCAUACUGGUCAUUUUGAAAUUAUUAUUUAUCAAUGUUUAAAAUUUAAAAGUGGGUAUACCCUAUGCCCUCUAAUAAAGAAGUGGAUACUCCAUAUACCCUGCACUUCACCACUGCCACUAAUACUGAAAGCGUCUAUGCCGCAUAAUGCUGCGUUUACACCAACCGCGGUAGAGGCGUGAAGCGAUUUCAAUGUUGAAUCAAUGUGAAGACGCGUUGACGCGCGUCUGGAGGUCUCGCGGUGCGGAUGAGGCGUUUGGCGCGGAUUGAGUGCUGCUUUUUGUGCAUUUUGCCCGGAGUCACUCAUUCAACAUGAAGGAAUGCUUGAUAUUGUCCGUGAGCAGUCACCUGGAGCUAUAAGACACACGUUCUUAUUUCUAUAGAGACAGGAAUAAUAAGGACCUCGCUUGGAAGAGUGUCAGUGAGGACAUUGGGCAACCUGGUGAGUUGUAAUACACAUUUCACUUUUGAGUCACGUGACGUUUAUCAACCUGCGCCGUUUAAAUUCCCCCUAUAGUAAGGUUACCAAAUACAAACAGGUAACUCUCUCAAUAAAUGCAGAC